UCAGACGGCCAACACGGUGGGUGGUCCUGAGAAUUCUUAUACCGGUAUCCAGAACGCCAGGAUGUAAAGGGCGGCCCCAUUUACUCUCCCGCGGCUCCGGUGCACAUUGGCACACAUGGAUAUCACAAACGCCGGACAAGGCACGAUGAACCGACAGCGGGAUUUUAUGGCAGGAGCGAGAGGCCCUCGUGAUGGCUCUACCCCUAGUGGUGCUGGAGGACUCGCCAACGAUGGACACACCAACGACACGGGAGCGAGAGACGCCCGGCACCGAGAUCUAUGGAGCGGAUACUUGAACCACCGAGCCCCUGGGAGCCGUCCGCGAUCCAGCAUGGGCCCAAGUCUCCAGAUACCGCACCUCCUCUCUUGUCCCAUCAACAGAGUCGAGGAACGCAAGAACGAUGCCGCGGCGGAGCACGCGCCCGAGGUUUACCGGGCUACCCAUCCCGACGACACAGCACCAGAGGCGUUCUGCGGGCCGCUGCCUGCGGCGGCACCCUCGCUCACACGUGGCGGCGGCGGCGGCGGGAGGCGCGACGAGGGGGGAACGCGUUCGCCCGACAACAGCGGCGCCGUCGACGCCGAUCCCCGGCCGGGCAGCGCGUGCAGUGGCAAGAUAUGCCCGCAGAUCCUCGCCACGGCGCUGCCGUCGCCCGCCGCGGGCGACCCGGCGGCCGCGCCAAAGGUGCUGCACGUCUUUGCCCGUGGCUCCGAGGGCAGCCUGCUGCGACGCUCCAUGACCCCCGCCGCGGCCUAUACCGCCUCGGACGGUCCGGGCGCCAGGGUCGAGGCCGACUGGCAGGCGAUGGGCGGGCCCGAGGGGUCGUCUGCGCUCUUCAGGAGCCAGCCGGCAGCGGCCGCCUGGAGGAGCGCCGGCGGCGACCAGCACGUUGGCGUGUUCGCCGUCUCGGCGAGCGGCGAGGCUGCUGCGACGACCUGGCUCGCAUCGGACUCGGGCUCGGGGACGUGGAGCAGCUGGGCGAGGUUCGGGGGACCCGUAGCCGGCCCGCUCGUCGCCUGUACCGGCCACGAUGGGGAGAAGGGAGAGCGGGCCGACGCCUUCGCCCUCGCCACGGGAGCCCAGGGGUCUCUGUACUCUCACACGACGGCAACAAAUGACUCGGCCACCAGCAUGGCCGACUGGGACCAAAAGCUAUCCCGCGGCUACGCGUCGUCCACGUCACCCGCAGUCGUCUGCCGCCGCCGCCGGCCGGGCCGGGCGCCGCCGUACGAGCUCCUGUACCAGCACAAGACGGCCGUAACGGCAAGCUGGUCGGCGCCCUCGACCGUGCACCCGGCCAACUUUGUGGAAGAACCCGUGGCCAUGGCCGUGGCGGACGACGGCGACGACGACGGCGGGCGCCUCAUGUUUUUCGGGAUUAGCGUCAACGGGCAGGUUUGGACCAGCAACUGGACGAGCACUGGGGGCUGGGAGCACCUCCGUUCGAUUGGGGACGCCGGUUUCCAGAGCGUGCCGGUGGUGAUCAAUACAGGAAGCACGAUCGAGAUUGUUGCUUUGGGCUCAAACGACAGGCUCCAGCACCGCUCCCUCAAAAACGGCCAGUGGUCCGACGCGCCCGUCGAGGCGGGCGGGUGGGAGGACUUGGCGGUGCACGGUCACGGCGCCCUCCAGGCGGUCUACAUCGGCGGGCCUGACCGCCUCGUGGCGCUCGUGGUGGUGGGGCGCGGCCGGCAGCUCAACCUGACCGUCUUUGCCAUCCCUGACGAUGGCGUGUGGUCCCGCAGGGCUGUCUGGAAGUCGGCCGGCGGGAACUUUUCGACAAGCUUCAUGGAGUUGAGGGGAGCAGACUGAUGAUGGGGGAAAGAAAAAGAAGCGUCUCACGGCGGACAGGUUAAGUGGGAGAUGCCCCGAAUGAGUUCGGGGCCGCCGAAGGUAACAGGAGCAAGUAUAUCAGAUGAACCCGUGGGCUGAGUCGCUCACGG